AUGCAAACAGCAUUCAAAUUGCUGGCGAGAUUCGAGACGCCCGAAGCCUGUCUCCCAUUGUUAGUUAAUGCAUCGGCUGCUGAGAUGAGACACAAAUACUUGGCAACGACUGUGGUUGAAUAUCGUUCCAGACCUGCCCUUUCGCCUCUGGAAGGGGUUUCCACGGCACUGUGUCACAAGUGCCCCGACUGCGGAUAUCUGGCACCGAAAUGCGCUUCCGUUCGUCGAAGUUGUGCUGCGAGUAAAGCGUGCAAGGGACAUUUAUCUCGUCAGCUCGAUGAGGUGAAGGGACAGGCCAUCUUUGGCGGAAACAAGUGCAGAUACUAUCAAGUCGUAGAAAACGGCGGUGACCUCUUUUCCGAUGUCCUCACAGAAUCCAUGAGGAAACUGCAGGGAGCCACUUCGGCGAGUACUGCCAUCAACGAGGCCGGGAUUUCAGAGAUGAGCGCAUUACUUUCAGUUUUUCGCUUCGACACUCACUUAAAGCGUUGUGGGCUUAAACUUUCUGAAGCCAGCUCCCUGUGCAAGAGUACUGACAGCCGUAUACGCACACUUUCACGCGAGGUGGUCACAACGUACCACAAGCAGGCCUUCGACAUAACCGAACAGAAGGUUUGGAUCAAGUCACACACGUUUAUGGAGUCGGACCUCAACAUUGCUGUUAGUCGGAAAACUGUGGAGCACUGUGACAACAGAAUGGUCCAAGUACUUGUCAUUCUCGAUCGCUCAAACGAGUACCGAAUUGCGAAGGCCAGCGAAUUGACUCCCAUUCUCGCAGCCGUGAAGCACUUUGCCCGCUGCCUAGUCGUGAUGGAAAUAUAUCUCUACAGCUCUAGCGAUACUACCGAGUCUUGGGAGCGAGUCUUGAAACUGAAUCACCCGCAUGUGGAUAAUGGCCUUCAAUAUGUGCAGUACUGCAUGAAAGUCUGUAAUCGCAUCAAGGUUGGGGAAGUACAUAAUAUUCGCUUUCUAAUCUGUCCGACGCAUUCGAGAUGCGCAAUUAUUGAUGGAAUCGAGCUUUCUUUAUCGCAACUUGGAUUGAAAAUGAAGCAAUUGCAGAAAAUUUCAUUGGGAUUGAUGCAAGAAAAAUUGCUCAAUGGACUCAGGAUUACAGAUGCAUUCUGGUCGUCCGUUCAAAACCUGGACGACACAAUGACAGAUCAAACUCCUGGCUACUGGUUUGGAAUGCACAAGGCAAACCAACAUCAUCUUUUUCAUUGGUCUCAGGCCUUACAAGGCAAACUGAAGUCCUUACUACUGGAAUCGGACACGUCCCUGAACGAAGACAAAGCCAGAGCAUAUCUACAAGAUUGCGAAAGUCUACAAGAACAUAUAUAUACGCUCUUGCAGGUAUGCUCAGGAGCACCGGCAAGGGCAUCCGAGUUGGGGAUUUUGCUGGUUUGCAAUACGGCAGUAGGACAGCGGAACAUCUUCACUCAAGCAGGACUCGUGUUUACUGUCAUUACGUAUCACAAGGGUCGCAAUGUGCACGAUGGUGUCGGCCGUCCCAUUGCGCGAUAUCCUGAUGCUGUUACUGCGGGCGAGAGGCAUCGUGACCACCUGUUCGGCAGCAGUGGAGAGCCUUUCGGAAUUUCUCGAUUGCGCUACUGCUUCGAAAAGGUAACGAAAAGUGCGGGAAUCCCAAUUGGAACCAGUCAAUACCGGCAGUACCACAGUGGAGUGGUGAAAAACUUCCUCGCGCAUAGCGAGGAGCUCGAAACAAACUGCACGGGAAUGCUUCACACCCAGGCAGGACAUUCAGAGAAUACCGCUCACCAGAUAUACGGUGUAUCCCCCCUUGAUAUGAAGAAAUUGACGGCUAGCCAGCUUGAGCGAUUCCGUCAGGCCUCCAAAACGUGGCAUGAAGUACUUGGGCUGUUUGACGGGGAGCCGUGUUCUUACGAGAACGCCUACGAGCAGCCGCAAAUGACUGCUAGUGCACUGGAUACUAAUGCAUCAGCAGGGACCCAUCCGAUAGAUGUCACAAGUCACAUUUCGCGUCUUGAAAUGACUCUCCAAACUCGCGUUGAGGUCCUGCACAGCGCUAUUCUCCAUAUCUCCGACUCUUUACUUGGGAAAAGGCGACUAAAUGAAUGGGUUGGUACCGAGGGAUACGCCGUUCUGCCCGAGAAGAGAAUCUGUCAACCUCCUUCGCCGCUGAAGCAAUUGCAGAUUUUUCUCCAUAAAAGUGACGCGCAUUUCAAGUCCCAGGAACAAGAAAAGGCAGUCGUGCAUGGUGUAGCACCAAAAAGCGACGCCUUGGUCGUCCUGCCAACUGGUGCCGGGAAGUCGUUGACUUUCAUGCUUCCCGCUUUCAUUCACAAGACAAAGGUGAUGGUUGUAGUCGUUCCACUUGUGGCUCUGCAGCUUGACCUUAUCAAACGCUGCGAAGAUGCAGGUAUCUAAAUGAAGUACUUGCGCGGUUUCAUUCGUCCAGAACUCGUCAAUGUGCCAGUUAUCGCUCUAACGGCAACAGCCCCACCGUCCAUUGAACAACAAAUUACUUCCGCAUGUGGAUUGUCAGACUUCAUCACUGUGCGUCAGAAAACGUCGAGACGGAACAUCAGGUAUGAAGUUUACAACGUGAAGAGGCAAAAUCUCAAUUGUAAGGUGGACGAAAUGCUUGACUAUUUGCGUAACGUUUCCGGUACAUCUCCCUCCAGAGCCAUAACUUACGUGCAAACAAAAGAUGAAUGUGACUCGCUCUGUAUGAUGUUACAAACCCUGAACCCGGACAUGCCUUGCUUCAAAUAUCAUGCAGGUAUGGAAAAGGAUGAAAGAAAUGCAAUGCAAUCCGGCUGGGAAGAUGAAUCUGAUGGACUUCCGCACGUCAUGGUUGCAACGAAAGCAUUUGGAUGCGGCAUUGACAUCUCCACUGUUCGGAUUGUCGUACAUGCUGGUCUUCCAAGCACGCUCACUGAGUACGUGCAAGAAAGCGGACGUGCCGGUCGUGACGGCCAACCUGCCAAAAGUACUGUGCUUAAUAUUAUCGAUCAGUUCAAUCAUUCAGUUGAACCGCAAUUGUCCGGUUUCGGUCCUAAGCAGCUGGUGAGUGUCGUCGGUGGCUGGUGGACCUGUUCAUGGACGGGUGUUCUGAUCACCGACCUUGUCAAGAACGUGGGAUGGAGCCUUGUGAUAUUUGUUCUUCCGAAGGAAGUGGAAUACGUUUACGUAGACGUGCUUCCGAAUUCCAAAACGAGGACACCUGCAGGAAAGAAGUUCAGAUUCAACCUACAAGGAAGCGCGUGA